GCUAUUCAAAAAAGCAAAUAAUAUCAACAAAAAACUAAAUGUAUAAAUACAAAUGAAAUAAUCAAAACAAUACGCAGAGUUCCAAAAGAAUAAAAUUGUUAUCAGUAAUAUUGGAAAAUUAUCAAAAAUUAUUUAAUCUUUAUUUUAAAAUUAAAAAACUUUUCAAAGUUCAUUCGUUUAGAACGUAGAUAAAAAAAAAUUUUAUGUGUAAAUUAAAGCAAAACAAAGAAAGAUGAAAUUUACAUAUUUUUUUCUAUUGAAUGUGAUAUUUUUACUCAUAAGCCAAGUAAAGGCGAAUAUUUUAAAUAAAAUAUAUCAUUAUCAACCAGAACAAAUCCAUAUAGCUUUUGGAGAAAAUAGUAACGAAAUUGUUGUCAUAUGGUCUACACUAGAUGCAACAAAUGAAUCAAUUGUUGAAUAUGGUUUGGAUGGUAAUACUUUAGCUGAAACAGGAACUGAAACUUUAUUUGUUGAUGGAGGAAACAAAAAACGAUCUCAAUAUAUUCAUAAAGUAAUACUCAAAAAUUUGAUUUCGGACGCAAAAUAUUGGUAUCACUGUGGAAGUAAUCUAGGAUGGUCAGCAGAAUUUUGGUUCAGAACACCAAAACAUGAUAAUAACUGGUCGCCUCGUUUAGCUAUUUUUGGAGAUAUGGGCAAUGAAAAUGCACAGUCUUUGGCAAGGUUGCAGGAGGAUACUCAAAACAAUAUGUACGAUGCUAUUAUACAUGUAGGAGAUUUUGCCUAUGAUAUGGAUUCGAAAAAUUCGAAGAUUGGUGAUGAAUUUAUGCGACAAAUUGAAACAAUUGCGGCGUAUGUUCCCUAUAUGGUUUGUCCAGGAAAUCAUGAAGAAAAAUAUAAUUUCUCUAAUUAUCGUGCUCGAUUCAGUAUGCCAAACGGGGCUGAAAGUUUGUUUUAUAGUUUUGAUCUUGGGCCAGUUCAUUUUAUAAGUUUUUCAACAGAAGUUUACUAUUUUUUAAAUUAUGGAAUUAAAUCAUUAGUGAAUCAAUAUGAGUGGUUAGAAAAGGAUUUGGCAGAGGCAUCAAAACCAGAAAAUCGUAAGCUACGUCCUUGGAUUAUUACUUAUGGCCAUAGACCAAUGUAUUGCUCAAAUGGCCAUGGAAAUGAUUGUACUAAAUUUGAAACAUUAAUUAGAGUAGGACUUCCAUUUACACACUUUUUUGGUUUAGAAAGUUUAUUUUACAAAUAUGGAGUUGAUGUUGAAAUUUGGGCUCAUGAACACAGUUAUGAAAGACUUUGGCCAAUUUAUGAUUAUAAAGUAUAUAAUGGUAGUCUUGAAAACCCAUACACCAAUCCAGGGGCCCCAGUCCAUAUUACAACUGGAUCUGCUGGCUGUAAAGAAGGUAGAACACCAUUUCCAAAUGAAAUUCCUGAAUGGAGUGCAUUUCAGAGUCAAGAUUAUGGUUAUACGAGAAUGAAGGCCUUCAAUAAUACUCACUUAUUUUUUGAGCAAGUAUCUGAUGAUAAGAACGGUGCAAUAAUUGAUUCAUUUUGGAUAAUUAAGAACAAUCACGGAAAAUAUAAUGUAUCCGAAUAAAAUGAAAUUACACGAAAUAGAAAUUAAAAAUUGUUUUUAUAAAUAAUGUAGUUGGCAAAUAUGAAACUCAUUUUUUUAAUUACAUUCAUUAUUAUAACGAAUAAAUCCCGGAAAAAUUGAUAUUAUUUCAAAAUAUAAUUUUAACUUAAAGCAUUA